AAAACGUCUCUAUGUCCUAAAUAACAUUCAAAAGAAACAUCCUCCACUCUAUCCCACCACCUUUUCACUCCCUUCAAUAAACCCAGAUGAAUUUUUCUUAACAAAAUUCAACUCCAAAUUCUAUCUGUUUUUUGUUUAAUCAAAUUAAUGGGUUGUGUUUCAUCCAAAUUAUUGAAGAAAAAUCUCAAGCAAGAACUCCUGUUUGGGAGUGGAGAUUUGCCAAAUCAUGUGGUUUCUCUGAAAUCUAGCACUCUUGGUGUUCUUAAUCAAAAUCAAAAUCAAAAUCAGAAGAAAAUCCAAGUUGUUUUUCCCUCUUCUUCGCCUUUUAAAACAAUUAACAGUAAUGAAGAAGAGAAAUUGGAGCACAAAAAGGAAGUUAAAGGUGGUGUACUUUCCGGGUCGAAAAGAUUGCAGUCUGAAGAGGAAUUAGAGGUGAUUAAUACAUGGGAGCUUAUGGAAGAUUUAGAAGAAGGGGUACCCGCGAGCCCGAAUUCGAUCCAGGAGAGAAGCCCCUUGAAACGAUUGGUGAGUCAAGUGGGUUCACCAAAAGGAGGUAAGAAAUUGGGAGGUAAAGAAAACAGAGGAAUUGAUAAUACCAAAAAACAGCAAUGCUACACUACUCCAAGAUCAGGAGCGUUGAAAUCAUGGAAGUUAUCUUCGAAUUCGACUAAUAAACUGCGAAAGGCGAGUUGUAUGGAUAGUCCCAGGAGGAGCAAUGCCAAUGCCAAUGGCAAUGUCAAUGUCAAUGCGUGGAGGAGAAGUUUAGGGCCGCUGAUUGAUUCAGUUGAAAAAGAAGAGAUUAAAGAGAUGGUGUAUUCGAGUUCGAGUUCGAAUUCGAAUUCGAAGAACAGGUAUUGUAGUCCAGAUUCGUCAAUGGAAAAAUGCCCGCCUGGAGGAGAGAAUUGUGUAGUGAUGUACACUACAACAUUGAGAGGAAUCCGGAAGACAUUCGAGGAUUGUAACAUAGCAAGGAAGGUGAUGGAAUCAUACAACGUCCGAGUGAUUGAACGAGAUGUAUCCAUGGAUUCUGGGUACAAGGAAGAGUUAAGGAAGUUAAUGGUGGAUGUACAGACACGGCCACCGACACCUCCGGUGGUGUUCAUAAAGGGGAGGCUAAUCGGAGGGGCGGAGGAGGUAGUGAAGUUAGAUGAACAAGGGAAGUUACAAGGGUUGUUAGAAGGGAUAUCAAUAUCAAAGGGGUUAAGUGGUUGUGAAGGUUGCGGUGGGAUAAGGUUUUUAAUGUGUAUGGAUUGUAAUGGGAGUUGCAAGGUUUUGGAUCUAAAUAACAACAAAAUUAUGUUAAGGUGUGGAGAAUGCAAUGAAAAUGGCUUAAUUCAUUGCCCUAUUUGUUGCUAAUAACUUUAAGGUUCUUAAUUCAAGAUCUUAAACCUAUUCUAUUGUAUCAUCUCUCCCUAAUUACAAAGGUUUUGCUAGGAUUAAGAUUAAUCUUACUUCUUUCCUAAUUUAGUGUAGUGUAUGAUCUCUUAUUCAUUUGGAUGUUUCAAAUCUCUUCUUUUGCUUACUAUUGAUUAUUGAUUAUUGAUUA